AUGGUUCUCCCGAUCGACAACCCGACCAAGUCCUACUGGAUUGAGGCGGCGGCGUCACCGCUGCGGAGCUUCCAGUCGGCGGCGACGCUGCCGGCGACGACCGAUCUAGUGAUUGUCGGCAGCGGCUACACGGGUGCGAGCGCGGCGUACUGGGUGCACAAGCACACGGCCGCCUUGGGAACGACGCCGCAGAUGGUGAUGCUGGAGGCGCGCGAUGUAUGUGGCGGGGCGACGGGACGCAACGGCGGCCAGCUGCGGCCGCAUGCCUACUCGCGGUACCCGGCGUGGUCUGCGCGGUUUGGAGCGGCGGGGGCGCUGGCCCUGAUCCAGCACGAGAUGGCGCACCUGGCAGCAUUCCGGGCGCUGCUGGACGCCGAAGGCAUCGCGGACGAGACCUGUCUGCGGCUGGGCGAGACGUUUGACGCGGCCAUGACGGUCGAGGCCUGGACGCGGCUGCGUGGCGCCUUUGACGCCUUUGUGCGCGACCACGGCCGCGAUGGCGACAUCAUCCGCGAAUGCCGUCUGAUCGACGACCCGACCGAAGCCGAGGCCUUUACCCAGAUGAAGGGCUGUCUGGGUGCCAUCGUCCACCCGGCCGGCCAGAUCUGGCCCUACAAGCUCGUGCACGCGCUGCUGCGCAUCGUCCUCGCCACCGGUCGCCUGCAGCUGCACGCCAACACACCCGUCGCGUCUGUCUCGGCACAGCGCGACUCGGACGGCUUCUUGACCGUCACCACGCCUCGAGGCUCCAUUCGUGCUAGAGCGGUGCUGCACGCGACCAACCGCUGGGCCUCACAUCUGCUGCCCGAGUUCGACCGCCUCGUCUUUCCCUGUCUCUGCACCGUGGCCGCCGUCCAGGCCCCGGCCGGCUUCAUCCGCAAUACCGGCGCCCAGCAUUGGGACGGCGAGGUCAACAACUACCACAACCAGCUGCCACCACCCUACAACGUCAUCGUCGUCGGCGGCGCCAAGGCUGUCUGUGCUCACUACCCGCAUGCCUGGCUGCGCAGCGACGACGAGUCUCGCCAGCUGCCCGGCGUCCCGUCCUUCUACAAGACCUGGCCCAAGAACGACUUGGUCGACUGGCCUGCUCUCUCAGAGGAGACUCCCCUCGGCCUUCCCGACGAUCAGGGUGGCGUCUGGACCGGCGUCGAAUCUGCUAGCAUCGACUCCUUCCCUUUUGUCGGCCCUCUGCCCCAGAAGCCUGGUCACUUUGUUGCUGCCGGCUUUGCUGGCCAUGGAAUGCCGCGCAUCCUCCUCUCUACCGCUCACAUCACCCCCCUCAUCCUUGCCGACCUUGGCAUCGACAACUGUCCGCCCGAUCUCGUCGCUCCCUACCCGCCGCUACCGCCGCCGUUUGUCAUCUCCGACGACCGCCUCAGCCGCCUGCAGAGUGCCGAUGCUCAGGCCCAGUACGAUGCCUCCGUUCGGGCGCACGAGGAGAGCGCAAAGAAGCCGUUCUGCAACGAGCCGCGCUGUCUGGCAUGGCAGAAGGUGGAAACAGAACAGAAUUAA